AGUCGGGUGUCUUGUUGAGAACGAAGGGGGACCAAAAUAAUGGUAGUACUGACGAAGGUAGCCCUUCCGCAGGAGGCAGUCUGGAUGUUUUUACAGAAUUGCUUCUAUUGAGCAGCAUAAGAAGUUUAAGAUAAAAUGAAUGGCAUGGCAGGGAGAUGAUCCCUGGUCACAAGAUGAUUAAGAGAGGACUAUGAAGGCUGAAUUAAUCCGGAAGGACCCCUAAUCUUCAUUUGAUUGAACGGAGAGAAUAAGCCAGAAAGCGCAGAAGAAGAAUCCCAGGUGGAGCAAGGAUGUCUCAAAUGAUGAAGGUUGAAGCAAAUGAAACUGGAGGGUUCAGCUUGGAGCCUCCCACACCUGCAGCAUCUGCAUCAGAACUGGAGGAGGAAACACAAGACAGCAAAGAUUUCAUGUUACUUGAAGAUGGCCAGCAGCAAAUUGUAAUCAAAGAAGAGAUUUCCUGGAAAACUAAUUUGGACCAAAGCAGUUCAGAGCCGGCUCAGCUAAAAGAGGAAAAGGAGGAACUCAGGAUCAGUCAGGAGGGAAAGCUGCUUAAUGAGGAACUGGAGACAGAUAUCAAUAAACUCCCCCUUAUGGUGGUUACUGUGAAAAGUGAAGAUGAAGAAGAAAAGGCUCUGUUCUCAGAGCUUCUUCUGGUCAAAGCUGAAGAGAGCAGAGGACCAGAACUUCCAACCAGAAGGUCAAUCGAACAGAUAAAACCAGAAAGUGAUGAAGAGGACUGUGAAGGAUCAGAACCCUCAACAGAUCCAGAUCAACCUGGUCAUGCGCAGCCAAGGACAGAUGAAAAGGCUCUGGACUCAUCCAACUCUACUAAAACUGAAGCCAGUGAUGACGAGUAUUGGCAGAAAUCUUCUGAUUCUGAACUUGAAACUGAUGAUGGAGACUAUAAUCCAUGUGCACCAGCGUCAGGGGGAAAAUAUGGUGCAGGAGGGAACUCUGUGAAAAUAACCUUCAGCUGUUCUGUGUGCAAUAAGCACUUUGAUUCAAAGUUCAAUCUCAGAACACAUUUACGAGUGCAUACAGGGGAGAAACCAUACGGCUGUGACGACUGUGGGAAAAAAUUUACACAGAAUGCAAAUCUCCUGAGGCACAGGCUAGUGCACACAGGCGAGAAGCCAUUUGUCUGUGAUAUUUGUGGUAAAAAAUUUAGUCAGAGUUCAGCACUCAAAACACACAUGACUGUCCACACAGGAGAGAAGCGACUUCGCUGCUAUGUUUGUGGAAAAAGACUCGCAACAACCUCAAAUCUUAGAGCACAUCUGAGUGUCCAUACCGGAGAGAAACCAUUCAGCUGUGACGUGUGUGGGAAAAGAUUUAACAAAAGAGCAAAUCUCCGGGCACAUAUGACACUACACACAGGAAAGAAACCAUUUAGCUGUCAUAUUUGUGAUAAAAGAUUUACUCAAAGCUCUAUUCUUAGGAGACACAUGGACGUCCACACAGGAGAAAGACCAUACAACUGUGAAGUGUGUGGUCAAAGAUUUACUACAACUGAAAAUCUUGAGGAGCAUAUGAACACUCACGUCAAACCAACUGACUGUGAAGUUUGUGGUAAAAUCUUUACUAAAUCUGCAAAUCUUCUGGCGCACAUGAGCACCCACACUGGAGAGAAACCAUUUGCUUGCGAUAUUUGUGGUAAAAGAUUUACUCAGAAUUCAACUCUGAGGAGACAUAUGAAUGUCCACACAGGAGAGAAGCUGUUUGGCUGCAGUGUUUGUGGUAAAAGGUUCACUCAGAACUCAACUCUCAGUCGACACAUGAGUGUCCACCCGGGGGAAAAGCAGUUUGGCUGUGAUGUUUGUGGUCAAAGAUUUGGUACAACAGCAGAUCUCAGAGCGCACAUGAGUUCCCACGAAGGAGAAAAACCCUAUAGCUGCAAUAAUUGCGGCAAAAGAUUUGUUCGAAUCUCAAACAUGAAGAAACACAUGUGCAUCCAAUUAGAGAAAUCAUCACGUUCCUGACCAGCAUGUUUACAGUGCGUUGUUGGGCUUUCAUUAGAAUGUAGUCAUAUUUCUUAUAAUGAGCCAUAUAACGUAGUAACAAAAAAAUCAUAUUAUCAAUUUACUUAAAGUGAAAUGGAGUUCUGCAUUCAAACAGAUGAACAAAAAAACCCAUGUCUCUUUACCUUUACUUUCAUUAAAACUGUCUGUACUCUGGAUUUCAAUUUUAAUCAAGAGUAUUUCAAUAGGUAUAAAAAACUGUAUACCUAUUGACUUUUAAUGUCAUAAAAAUGUUGGACUGUAUGCACUGAAUUUGUUUCACAAAGAGCAGUAAGAUCUUAAAUCUUAAAUUUUCUAAGAAAAUGCAUCUUUAACCAUCUCAACUCAAAGGCCUGAGACUGUUCACCAACAAGAAAGAUGUGUUGACACAUAUACUCAUUUGAAUUGAGCAUGUGUUGUAUAAGUUGAAGACUUAUUUUCGCAGACAGGUCAAUAAUCAGUUCAUUCUACCCCACAGAGUUCACAUCCAAACAUGUGAGAUUUAUAACAGGUGGGAAUAAGCUAAGAGUCAUUUUUGCAACAAACAUUGGUGCUUUUCUUUGUGAGAUUUCUUUGAACGUCACAAGUGAAGUGAUGAAGGAUCAUUAAAUUUUCCUCUAUUUUCCAAUAUAAAUACUCCAAGCUUUAGGUUUUCUGUUAAAUGUGAAACAGCAAACUUAAUUAAAUUUGCACCCAAAUGUAAAAUUGUUUAUUUCCAAUGUUAUAUUAAAAAAUCACUCAACUAAUAA